AUGUCGACAAAUGACAAUUUAAAUUAUGAAUCUGUUCAUUCUGUAAAAGUUUUAAUUAAACAUCGACGAACAGGUGAAUUUAUUGCUCGUAAAUCUUUAUUAACAGAUUUAUUUCAAAUUUCACAUAUUAAUUGUAUACGAAAUGCAUUUAUUUCUGGUUUUUUUUUAAUGAUAUUACGCCAGACAAUCAAUGAUCUUAUUCAUUACGGAAGAUUGAAUUGGACCUUUGAACUUCUCUUCCUUACUGUUGGUAAAUUACAUAUUGUCGCAAUAGUUUGGUCUCUUAUGACAUUAUCUACCAGUUUUAUUGUUUUUUAUAGUACAUAUAUGUGGGCAAGUGAUCGUAAAUUUGUUGGAAUUUAUCGUAAAUGGUAUGAUAUAAUCUGGUUGGUGAUUUAUGUUUUUUAUUUAACGGGCUUAAUGAUAAUACCUAGUUGGCAAAUUAUAAAAUAUCAGCUACCAAUUGCUUCUUCAGCAAUUAUUCUUGCCGAACAAUUACGACAAUUGAUGAAAAUACAUUCAUUUGUACGUGAGAAUGUUAGAAAAAUUCUUCAACAAUCACAUAAUUCAGUUGAUCAAAAAUUAUCUUUUGAAUUUAGUCAUUUUAAUCAAUAUGUAUAUUUUCUAUUUGCACCUACAUUACUUUAUCGGGAUCAUUAUCCUCGCACAUCAAUUAUUCAAUGGAAUAUUGUUAUGAAAAUGUUUGGUCAAUUUAUAAUUACUCUUUUUUUAAUUUAUAAUAUAAUAACAAAUUUUUGGAUGCCAAUUUUUACACGUUUUUUUACAAAUGAUGAAAUAACAUUUGAUUUUAUGAUUUCAACUAUAUUUGAUUUAAUGUUACCAGGAGUACUUAUUGUUAUAUUAGCUUUUUAUGGAUUUUUUCAUUGUUGGUUAAAUGGAUUUGCUGAAUUACUUCAAUUUGCUGAUCGAAUGUUUUAUGAAGAUUGGUGGAAUUUAACUUCAGCUGCAACAUUUUGGCGAUCAUGGAAUGUUGUUGUACAUGAUUGGCUAUAUGUUUAUGUUUAUCAAGAUCUGAACAAAUUAUUUAAUGGUAAUCGAAAUUUAGCAACCACCAGUGUUGUGCUUCUUUCAGCUGUAUUUCAUGAAUAUUUUAUGAUUAUUUCACUUGGAUUUUUUUCACCAAUAUUAAUCGCAUGGUUUGGUUUAUUCGGAAUGUUAUUUCGUUUUUCUUUUCCACGUGCAAAAGGAACACGAUGGAAUAUUGUAUUAUUAACAUUUGUACCAAUUUGUGUUGCAAUUAUACCCUAUUUUUAUGUUCUAGAAGUUUCAGCUCGAUAUUUUCCUUCAAAACGUGUAAGUUUGAGAUUUAAUUUUUGUUUAUAA